GAGUUUCUAGACUUGGCAAUAUUAGUUACAUGUAUCAGAUCAAAGAUCUUGAGGCCAUGUGUAUUUCCCUUGCCAUCCACAUAAUCCCAUCUUGCCAUGUAUCAGGAUAGUUUUCCCUUUCCCUUCCUUUUCUUUCCCACCUUUCACUUCCCAACUCGACAUUGCAAAGAAACUGUUCCCCAUAACGCCGUGCCGACAACCGAGCCGUCUCAACAACGCCCGUCCUGGCUGAAGAAAGCAAAUGAGUGCGCCAUCCUAUCCCAUCUCACAUCAUACUAUCAUCUACUCGAAAACAAAUCACAAUAUCUAACAACCCCGGCAAUCAACCAGCCCAAUCAUUACAGCUACGUUACACAACUCCGCAUCAAGCUAUCAAGUGUAUCGAUAUCAAAAGCACGUACAGCACGCCAUGUGGCUGGAGCAGCGGCAAGUUUGCCCUACGAUACACAAUCUCACACAAUCAUUAUUGCCUAGCCCAAACUACUCAAAAUUAAUUAUAUUGGGGUCAUGAGGUGGAAUAUCAGAUGACACGUUGACUUAUUCAUUAACUCGCCAAAUGCGUCGUUCGCGAGGAUAGGUUAGGUACAUCUUCAUCUUUUGGCUCUUCGGGAAAUUCUCAUCA